GAUCGUUGCCGCAACCACCGAACCUAUUUCUUGCUGAGUAGUUAAUUAAUUACCUAGGCACACAACGAUCCCACGGCAAUUCGUUGUGCAUGUGCAUCCCUAUAAUAUCUUAUUAAAUUGCCCUGCAACAAUCGAUCGCCGUUGAUGUUCCUUCGACCUCAUUGCCCGCGGUCCUCCACACCGUUAAGUUGGUUCUCUCCCCGUCCCGCAGCCAGGAUGCCUUUGAGAGCCAAAUUGGCGGCCCCGGCAUGGUCUGGAUUGUCAAAGAUGUCUACUGCCGUAGAGAUACCCAGAGAACUUCCUGGUGACGAACCAGAUGAUGUCCUAUUCAGCAGUCUUUUCGGGGUGCGCAACAUUGAGCUCAAUCGACCUAAGAAACUGAACGCUUUGAAUGGCUCGAUGGCAAGAAAGAUUACACCCAGGCUAAAGGAAUGGGAAAAAUCCGAACUCGCGAACAUUAUCAUCAUCUCCGGUGCCGGAUCGAAAGCAUUCUGUGCUGGCGGCGAUGUUGCAGCUCUUGCUGAACAAUGCGCUGAAGGACCAGAAGGCCAGAAGAAGGCCACUGAAUACUUUUCCCUCGAAUAUAAACUUGAUCACCUCAUUGCGACAUACAGCAAGCCAUACAUUUCCAUCAUGGAUGGAUUCACUAUGGGCGGCGGCGUCGGACUCAGUGUACAUGCGCCCUUCCGGAUUGCGACUGAACGAACUGUUUUCGCCAUGCCCGAAACUACAAUUGGAUUUUUCCCAGAUGUCGGUGGAUCGUUCUUCUUACCUCGCCUGGACGGUGAACUAGGAACCUACCUAGCUCUGACAUCUGAAAGACUAACUGGAGUGCAAACCCUCUACGCCGGCGUGGCCACCCACUAUCUCCAUUCAAGCAUUCUUGCCAACCUAACUGGACGUCUAUCUGAACUAGUCUUUAAGGACACUGCUAGCCUAGGGGAACGCCUCGACCUUGUCAACAGCACCAUUUCCGAGUUUUCCACGGGCCUGCCUUCACAGGAGGAGGAGCCAAUUUUCCCAUCAAGUAGCAUCCGCGAAUCCAUUGACCAGUGCUUCUCCGCAGAUACCAUGGAGGAAAUUAUCAGCAGACUUCAAAACGAACAGGUCAAUAAGGAAUGGGCUGAGAAGACUCUGAAAACACUUGCCUCCCGCUCCCCAACCUCUCUAAAAGUAACCCUCCGCCAACUCCGCAUCGGCCGCACAUGGUCCAUAGCGGAAACCUUCCAGCGUGAAGAGAAAAUCGCCGCAAAAUUCAUGGCUCAUCCAGACUUCGUCGAAGGCGUCACCGCUCGCCUGGUCAACAAGCCACCAACCCAGCCGGCCUGGAAACCUGCCAAACUGGAGGAGGUCACCGAUGAGGCCGUCCAUAAGUUCUUCCGCAUCGAGGCUGGCGACAUAAGAAUGCCACUCCUAAACCCUGAUGCGGACUAUAUGGAAUACCCACAUCAGCGGUUCGCCCUGCCAAGUGAGAAGGAGAUUCUCGAGUUUGCACUCAAGCACGAAAGAUCAGAUAAGGCUGUGGACGAAUUUGUAAGCCUGCGGGGACAUAAGGAUGGGGUGCGGGAGAAGUAUUUGGAGGUGGUGAAGAGAAAGCUUGGUGGAGCGUAGUACGCAGCAUUGGAUGGUGGUUGGUCUGUGUGACAGGGUAAGGGCCAUUGACAUUAAUUGAGCACUUGUACGCUACUUAUUUUGUUUUCUUGCGCCGUUUUGUUUCCGUUUCUCGCAAUAGGGUUGUGUGUAAUUUACAUAUAUUUAUCUUCCAAACAAUUUCGUCAGUUAGAUAGACAUGAUAUAUAAAAGACGACAAUAUAAAAAUCUACAGGACAUAGGAAAAGGAA